ACAAGUGGGAGGAGCCACUCUGGAGGGAAAAGGUACGGAAAGCAGGUGAUGAAAGCAGUAUGAAGAGAAGGAGCCACAGGCAGAAGUUUCAAGGACGCACUCGGGGAAAGCACACUGUCAGCUGUUGGACUGUAUGAGCGACUGUGGAUAAGGAUCACUGGAUCACAGCCGGAGACCACCGGGUACAGGAGUCUUCACCUGUCUUUUUGUAUCACUCCACUGUGUCACUGUUCCUCGUUGUUUUCAAAAGUUUAAAGAACAUCACUUGACAAGUUAGGAGCAGCAGCUAGCAGGAAAGAACUUGACUGCUUUGUGGACCACUUGAACGAUUCCUUCAUUCGCUGGAGUCUGCUGCCUCCUUCUUCCGACUGGAUCUCUUCCUCUCCAAGCUGUGAUAUAAUGUUAUGAUCGAAGCCCGGUGGAGAAUUUAAACGUUUCACAGAAGCAGGCUUCCCAGGUCUCCAACAUUCAGCUACCAAAAGUAUUCACUGAGCUCGCGCCCAUGGCCCACCCCUAUGAGGCUUGGUUUAGACCCACCCACCCCAGUGAGAGCACCGAAGACGUGCCCUCCUGGUGGGACCUCCAUUCAGGGACCACAAGCUGGAUGGACCUCCAGAACGUCCAAGGUGGCCUCCAGGCCUCCACCCAGGCUGGAGGGCUGCAGCCCCCCAUCGGCACCUACGCUUCGGAGCCCCAGCUCUGCGGACCCCCUUCCCACCAACCCCCAGCCACCCAGCACCUCUACACCCAGGAUGGGUUCAAGCAACUGGACGUCACGGGGCAGGAACUCCACCAGCUGGAGGAGCCCGUGGACGUGGGCAACAGGCCCAAGAGCCACCGGCGGUCCGUGCCACGCAGCUCCAGCCAGACAGCCUGCCGUUGCCCAAACUGCGUGGAGGCAGAGCGGUUGGGGCCCUGCGUCAACGAGGAUGGCAAGAGGAAGCAUCUCCACAACUGCCACAUCCCUGGCUGCGGCAAAGCCUAUGCCAAGACCUCGCACUUGAAGGCCCACCUCCGCUGGCACAGCGGCGACCGGCCCUUCGUCUGCAACUGGCUCUUCUGCGGCAAACGCUUCACCCGCUCCGAUGAGCUCCAGCGACACCUCCAGACCCACACGGGCGCCAAGAAGUUCACCUGCACCGUCUGCAACCGGGUCUUCAUGAGGAACGACCACCUCGCCAAGCACCUCCGGACCCACGAGGGGGCCAGGGAGGAGGGGGAGGCCAGCGCAGGAGUCGACAGCAAGAGCUUCGAGGCGAGCCCCGACGCCACCCUUAAACCCAAACGGGAACCCGAGUCCAGCGCCACGCCCGGGGGAGGCGGCCAGCCCAACUAACGGCACGUCAUCAACCAGAAAAGCCUGCGAAAGUGACGGCAGUGUCAAAAUGCAUCGGAGGGUGCUGUAGGCGUUUUUUUUUUAGACUAGACUCCUAGUCUACGAGGUAAAUAAAGCCUGCCUCUAGAGGUGUGCACCCUAACGACUUUCCUAUUAGAGGCUGGAGCUGUCUAGAGAUUUAAAUAGUUUUAGGGGUUUUUAUCGAUUUUUUUUACUGAGGCACUUAAAUGUUUUUUUUGUUUGUUUUUUUUUGGAUCAUGGAAAGACGCCAUUCACUUCUGGCAAUCCAGUACUUUAAAAUCAAAUGUACUAAAUUGUGCACUGAUACGCUGAGUGUGGCUCACACACUGAUUACCAUACCUAUUAAAUCCAGUUAGUCAAGUACUCGUCUGUAUUGCAUUUAACAGUUGGGCUAACUGUUGUAUUGUUGUUUACCUGUACUGUACAAAUAGUUCCUUUUACAUCUUGAAAUCUUUUAUUUGUAUUUAAUAAAGGGCUUUCACAGGAAA